AGAACAUGCGUAUUCCUGUAGUAGGGGCUGGAGCCUCAUUCCGCGGGGUCUCUGGUCGGUACCGUUCGUCUGUUGGUACCUUUACCGAAUCUUGAUAGCUUUGAGUAACGUCUUCCUAAGAUCUACUCGCUUGGCAUGGCUCGGUCAACCCUAAAUAAAGCUCUACUAUGGGCUGUUGCUCUCACGGCACCCGUUACAGCUCAGAGCACUUGCGAUACCGUCGAAGAACGCACAAAUAUCACCGUGUUAAAGCCGUUGACCCUGGACUACAGUAACGAGCAAACCCAAUACUGGUCCACGUAUUCCGGUGAUCUCAAGCCGACAUGCAUUCUGGAGCCGGAAACAUCCGAAGAGGUUGCUGCGAUCGUAUCCGUCUUGCGCGGUAACAACGAGACCUUCGCUAUUAAGUCGGGCGGCCACAACCCAAACAACUACUUUGCUAGCGUCGCCGGAGGCCCCCUAAUCUCGACCAAGAAGCUCAACGAAAUCAUUUUUGACCCAGACUCCGAGACAGUAAGAGUUGGCCCUGGCAAUAGAUGGGAUGAGGUAGGAGAGCAACUCGAUGCUACCAACUAUACUGUCGUCGGCGGCCGAAUCGGAAAUGUGGGCGUGGGUGGCUACUUAUUAGGAGGUGGUUUGAGUUUUAUGAGCACCGAGUAUGGCUGGGCUGCUAACUCACUGCUCGAGGCUACGGUAGUGUUGGCGAACUCGUCGAUUGUCACCGUUAGCGAAACCAGUCACCCUGAAAUUUUGAUGGCUCUCAAAGGAGGUGGUAACAAUUUCGGUAUCGUAACUUCAUACCUGCUCAAAGCGUAUCCGCAGGGAGACGUAUGGGGUGGUAAUCUUGAGUUCACUGCGACGGCUGAAACCAGCGCCGCCAUUCUGAGCGCUGUCCGCAACUUUACGGAGAAUUACCCCGAUAAAAAAGCGGGUAUUAUCGUGACGGCGGAGCGGACACUGUCCACCAUUCUCGAUAUCUGGGUUAUGUUCCUGUACUAUAACGGUCCUGAGCCGCCGCCAGGUGUAUUCGACGAGUUCCUUGCUAUUGGUCCCGUUAUUAACUCUUGCAAAACGCAGAGGUAUUCCAAACUGCUUAGCGGCAACAAUUGGGCAGUUGUAAAAGGAAGCGUUUAUACCAUCGGAACCGAAACCAUGCCGCUGCCUAGCGCAGAGGACGGCCCUGAUAUUAUGGGCUCCAUCUACGAUCACUGGGUGAACGUUAGCGACACGGUCAAGUUCGUGCCAGGACUCAUCGCUAGCAUCGCCUUCCAGCCUCUGCCAAAGGGAAUAGCGACGUUAGCGAAGUCUAAAGGCGGAGACAUGUUGGAUUUAGAUGACGGAAUUAACCGAAUAAUCGUCGAGUUGGAUUAUAGCUUCCUUUUCAAGUCGGACUAUGAGAAGAUUGAUUCGACUAUGCGGGCUACGUAUGACGGCAUCGGAGAUAUCGUCAAGACAAACCAGGCGAGCGGCGCGCUUCCAUCGGACGUCUUCCUGCCGAUAUUUAUGAAUGACGGCUUUUAUCCUCAGGACUACUUCGGCAGGUUAAGGCCUGAGAAGCUUCAAUUAGCCCAGACAGUCCAAGCUAAUGUGGACCCCAACGGGUUGUGGAGGGACAGGACUGGCGGGUUCAAGAUACCCUCAGCAUGAUGGAAUUAAAAAUAUAAAGGGCUAUACACGAUUGAUACAAUAGCAUAAGCCAGCAAAUUAAGUAAUAUGAAUAUAAUUCCGUCAAUUAAGUUUGAGUUUGAA